AUGUUUUGCUGCUUACGAACAAGAGGCCGGAAAGAGGGGAAUCAGGAUCAAAAGCCGGUGGCGGCAGGCGGCAAAAAUCAGCCGCCACCGGGGAGCUAUGGAUACGGUGAGAAUGAGGGGAAAUUGAAAGGCGGCGGGAAGGAUGGAAACAUGGUGGUUUUGGCGGGAGCAGGCGCCGCAGUUGCUGCCACCGCCGCUACGGCUGUGGUGGUGGCUGGCGUCGCGGAUUCCGGUGAUGGUACGUCGCAGGGCUGCUGCUGCGGCGGUGGAGACGGUGGAGCGGGGUGCGCCGGCGGCGGUUGCGGCGGCUGUGGUGGUUGUGGAGGUUGA